UCACGUUGAAAACUUGAAAAUGGAGAUGUUUUGAACCGUCUUUAUUCUCAGGAUAUUGUGUGUGUAUGAUGCAAAGUGUAAACGUCACUUUUUAUAGUCCACAUAAACUCUAACAUAUGUAUAGUAGACCAGAGCAGGAUGACAGUGUCUUUAUAAUAGUAAAUUCCCGUGUCCCACUCACUUUAUUUCUGCUUUUACCUUGUGUAACCAACAAAUGUUCCAUGAAGGUGUCUUUGAAGGACCCGAUCCCUGAGACAUGGAGACAGCAGCAUUAGUAGUCCCAGUCACAGCUCUGGAGUUCCUUCAGAAUACAUUUCUACUGACAGGCGAAGGUCCAGUGUUGACUGUCUACACUCUUCAGCCUGCACCUAAAGCAUGCACCUCAGUGCCUGUGCUUCAACAACACCGCAUACACGGGAUAAGGCCAAGAGUCUUUUCAACUGAUCCACCACAAACUUCAUUCACAGAAAGUUACAGGGAAACCAAAAGCCUGAGAUCCACCACUGAACCCAACUACUAUGACCUGGCUGUGUUUGGCGGGAAGGCAGUCAGGCUAGUGAGGCUUAAUUUGGAUGUCCCUGCUGUGGAACAUGCACGCUUGGAGAUACUGAGUCCCAUUAUAGCGCUUCGAGACUGGGUCCUGGAUAUCCGCUGGCUAUAUGAAGACAAACAGACUCUCGUUUGUGUGGCCGUUGCCCAUAAUGGUGCCCUUCUCCUGGACAUCAGCUCAGGGACCGCCUUGGCUCAGUGCUCGUGUCUGGAAGGGUGUCUGCUGUACUCUGCACUCCUUGUGGUGCACAAAACCUGGGCAGAUACUGUUCUCGUAGGAGGGACUGUUUUUAACCAGCUGGUUCUCUGGAAGCCUGGAGGAGGAGAAAGUGAUAACAAAGCACCAGUGGAAAGGCGUUUGCUGGGACACACUGGUGUUAUCUUCAGCAUCUCUUACCUCCAGGAGAAAGGAUGGCUGGCAUCAGCUUCAGAUGACCGCAGUGUCAGGGUGUGGGCUGUCGGUGCUCUAGGGGGCUCUGGAGGGAACUGUGGAGAUUUGAACCCAACUUGCUUAAGGGUACUUUUUGGACACCAGGCAAGGGUCUUCUCUGUGUGCCUCUCCCUAAGGAAAGUGUUUAGCGCAGGGGAAGAUGGGACUUGCUUAAUUUGGGACUGGGUUGGAGUUGGGACAGUGCUUCGCACCUUGAAGGGACAUCGAGCAGGUGGGAUUCGGGCACUGGCGGUUAGUACGGGAAGAGGAGAUGACCCAGGGAGAUGGGUGGCAACUGGAGGAGCAGAUGGAGGUUUGAGGUUGUGGAAGGUUCAGGACAAUGAAGAAGAAGACUCCGUAACAGAGACGACAACAGACUUGGAAUUUUCUGGUCAAGGUACGCCAAAGGUGGUUUGUGUUGUAGACAGCGAAGCUGACAAUAAAAAGUGGAGGCAGUGUAGCAUUUUGGUUUGUACUGAGCAAGGAAUUGUUUACCGAAAUAGAGACGCCCACUGGGAGUUGGUAUGGCAAGGUUCUCCUGAGUUUCAGUCCUACUGUGUGAUGGAAACAGUGGGUGUUAGAGUGAAAGAUUCACCAAGUCGAGCUAAUUUAUGUGCUGUUGGGAGCCUCAGUGGAGCCUUAAAGGUUUUUCACAUCUCUGAUCCGCACAAUGGGACUGUCCUCCAAGCUGGAUCAGGAAAGAUUCACAGUCUUACUUGGCAACAGGGAGAAGAAUAUGUAUAUUUACUAGCGUCAGGUGCUGACGGACAAGUCUAUCGCUGGUGUAUUGAUGUGAGAUUAAAUGAAAUACGUGCUUUGGUUCUCGGGGUGAAAUGCCUCCCUUCCUUUGUCCUACCUGCUUGUGCCAAACGUUGGCUGACGGCUGCAGUACGCCUCCCCACCAAGCCAGUGGGGACUCUAUGGGUGUGCGGGGAUCGAAGAGGGUCCCUGCUUUUGUUUCAGGAAGACCCAAAGAAGGGGUAUGUGGAUGAGACAACUGACUGUAUGCAAGCAUGUGGAAAACCUCAUGAAAUUGAUAUAACAAUGAAAGAGAGGCCACAGGGACACAAUGGCUUGACCUUGUCUCCGCAAAGUUGCUUGUUUGGGGUGCAUGGAAAACAGGGUGUCACAUCAAUCUCUGAAUAUCAGGGACUUCUCUACAGCACUGGAAGGGAUGGCUGUGUACGUAUUUUUAGAGUACAUUACAAACCGAAAGAAACACUUGAAGGAAGUGAUGAGGGCAUCCUUCAUCUGGAGGUGCUGAGAGUCCAACGGGCUUGCAAAGGUAUGGAAUGGCUGGAGAGGGCUUUGAUCUUGGAACCUAACAAUUCUGCAGAGAAUGGAACUAUAAAUGAAUUUGAAAGCCAAAAUACGAUACGGGAGUCUUUAACAGAAAGGCCCGAGGACCAAGAAAACUGGUUUAAGAUGGAGAACAAGGGAACGGAAGCCCGGUUUGUCAUCUUUGGCUUUCAUGCCACCCAGUUUGUGGUUUGGGACCCAUUGAGGCAGGAGAAGCUAUUAGCGGUGCCUUGUGGUGGGGGCCAUCGCUCUUGGAGUUUCUGGCCAAACCACACAGCGGUUUGGCCCGGAUACGGAGCUCUGGUCUUCAUCAAGAAGGGGUCUGUCCUGGCUUCUGAGCCCCCCCGAGAGUCACCAACCUCAGGAGGCAGGGGAGCAAGGAAUGAAGGAUGGAUCCUGAGAGAGGGCAUCCACGGGAGGGGGAUCGGGUGUGUUUGCCGGCUGGGGAGCAUUUGGGUUCCAAGAUAUACUAUAGGAAACAUAGCAGGAAUAUUGGGGCCAGAUGGGGUCCAAGUUAAGGCACAGUGGGAAAUAAUAGUGACGGGUGGGGAAGACACAAGCUUAACUGUUCUGGCCGUACAUCCUAACUCUGGUGGUGUCAAAGUUCUCUCCGUUAUUACCGACCACAUCUCAAGUGUUCGCACAAUGGAGGCGCUAACUCAUCGGGUCGGACAGAGCUUUCCUACUGAAUCCCAGUCCCUCUCUGCCCUGCUGAUAUCAGCCAGCGGGCGGGCUCAGAUACAGUGUUACCGACUCUGGAUUGGUUGGGACAAGCACAGACUGACCCCCAGCUGCCAGGUGGUGCAGGUAGCCAGUCACCGAUUGGACGAACACUGGGAGAGGAGGCGGAACAGACACAAGAUGGUCAAAAUGGACCCAGAAACAAGAUACAUGUCGAUGGCAGUGGUGGAGCACAGCAAAGAUGCUGUUGUUGUGGCUCUUGCCUGCAGUGAUGGGGCUGUCAGAUUGUUCUCAGUCAGUGAAGUUAAACGCCAAAUAGAUCUGUUGUGGGAGACGUUUUACCACCAGCGGUGUGUGCUUAGUAUCGCUACCUGCAGCCUGGAGGAUGGAAAAGGCGACAGGCAUAAGCUCCUAUUCAGUGCUGCAACUGAUGGCAAAAUUGCAGUGUGGGAUCUGACCCGAGCAGCCUCUUCCUCAACCUCCGGCUCUCCAGGUCGUGUUCCAACUCCACCGAUCCCGUGCCUCACCAUUUCCGCCCACCAAAGUGGUGUCAACACAUUGGCCGUUUGGGCUCAGACACAAGGGCAUCAAGACGGCGGUUGCCUGGUAACCGUUCCGAGCGGAGGGGAUGACGGGCAGCUGACGGUUUCCACCAUCAGGGUGGACUACCUGGAGUAUAAUGGCAGGAGUGGGGGCUUUACACAGGACAAACCACAAACCCAUCUUAGUCUGCAUCUCCUCUCCAAGUUGAAUAUCCCUUUGGCACAUGCGGCUCCUCUGACCGCCCUUAAGCUCCUGAGACCUGGCUUGAUAGUCACCGCCUCUUCCGAUCAGAGGGUUUGCUUUUGGGAGCUCUGCAGUACUGCCAUCAACCACAGAGGGGUGCUGUGCUCCCAUGUUGCCGAUGCUGCAGGACUCGCAGUGUGGGAGGAGCAGGUGAUGGUGGUGAAAGAUGGUAGGAGGAAGACCGGGUCUGUGGCUGACAAGGUUGUUGUUUCUGGAAAGACAGAAGGUCAGACACGCUUGGAACAAAUUGAGCAGAAGGCUGGGUGGCGAGGCUGUCAGGAACAAGAAGUUGCUGAUGGGUCACAGGAAAAGACAUGUGACUCAAUUUUGGACAAAGAGACAGAGCAUCGAGAGGAAAUGCAGACUGAUGACCAAGAUGAAAAUGACCCGAUCACUGAAAUUGCUUUGAAAACAUCCUGUGAGAAAAGGUUAGGUCAGGAAAUAACGGGAUGGGUGUUGGUCUGCGGGCAAGGCUUCCAGCUACUGCGAAUAAAAAAUAAAGACGAUUAAGACAUUAGGACAAAUGAAAGGAGGAAAGGUUAGAAGGACAACGACACACAGUAGCUUUAAACAGAAAAUUAACAUAAGUGCAACAAAAAGUGGCUCGUUCAAUCAUGUCACAAAUGACAUUUUCUAGGAAGGGUUCUGAUCGACCCAAACGUCUUCCAUUUCAGGAUUCUGGAGGCCACUGUGCUCUUAGGAACCUUAAGUGCAACAGAAAUGUUUUUGUAACCUUGGCCAGAUCUGUGCCUUGCCACAUUUCUUCAGGCAGUUCCUUUGACCUCAUGAUUCUCAUUUGCUCUGACAUGCACUGUGAGCUGUAAGGUCUUAUAUAGACAGUGGCGUGGCGUUCCUAAUUAAGUCCAAUGACCAUAAUCAAACAGAGCUGCACUCCAAUGAACCAUCUUAAGGAUGAUCAGAAGAAAUGGACAGCAGCCGAGUUCAAUAUAUGAGUGUCACAGCAAAGGGUCUGAAUACUUAUGGCUGUGUGAUAUUUCAGUUUUUCUUUUUUAAUAAAUCAGCAAAAAUUUCAACAA